GAGGACACUCAUCCAGAUCUUCCCCACUACAGUGGAGUGAGACUGAACCUUGUCUAGCAGUGAGGAUAGUGCUGUUGGAGUCUGGCUCAUCAUGGGGGAGUGGUCCAUCCUGUCUGAUUUGUUGGAUAAGGUGCAGUCUCACUCCACUGUAGUGGGGAAGGUGUGGAUGUGUGUUCUUUUCCUCUUCAGGAUCUUCAUUCUGGCUGCUGGCAUAGAUAAAAUAUGGGGAGAUGAACAAGCAAACAUGAACUGUAACACCAAAAGCCCUGGCUGCAAGAACGCCUGCUACGAUCGAUCCUUCCCCAUGUCUCACACACGCUUCUGGGUCCUCCAGAUCCUCAUUGUCUCAACACCAACACUAAUUUAUCUGGGCCAUGUCCUGCUGGUGAUUCGCAGAGAAAACAAGCUUAGAAGACGUCUGGAGCAGAAACUUGAUAAGAAUGGGAUGAUUAAAGCUCCAAAAUAUUCCAAUGAACACGGCAAAGUGCAGCUCAAAGGUGUCCUGCUGGUCAGCUACAUGAUACAGCUGCUGUUCAAGAUCGUGCUUGAAGUGGCAUUCAUCGUAGGCCAGUACUACCUCUAUGGCUUCAUACUUAUGCCUAAUAAGAUUUCAUAUCCGGACUACCCCUGUCCAUCACCAGUAGACUGCUUCAUAAGUCGUCCCACAGAAAAAAACAUCUUUAUUGUCUUCAUGUUGGCGAUGGCUGUCCUCUCUGUGUUCCUCAACUUUGUGGAGAUGUUCCACCUGAUGAUCUCAAAGAUGCAGGAAAGAAAAAGGAGGAGCAGUGGCCCAAUCCCCCCAAAGGAGAUGCACUGCUUCAAUAAACCAAACCACAAUUUAAGUGAGAGAGUUACAUUUUGUUGAAGGUCUAGAUUUUCAGGUUUUCAGCUUUCAGAUGGAUCCUGAGCCAGCCUGUGCCUUGAGUCUUGCUUUACUCAAUGUUGUUUGACAUAAAAAGUCACAUCCAGAUUUAAAUUGUCAGAGUAUUACAUGUACCUUGUGUGCCUAUUAUAUAUUUUGCUUCAGGCUUUAAAUAAAUCAGGUCUGUGGUGAGUAGUGGGAUAAAUCAUACUCACUGCUAUCUAUCAAAUUACACACAGGUGGUCGAUGUAAAGGACACAAUCUGAUCUAAGAACUACUGAAUAUGGAGUUCCACAGCACAGUGUUUUGAGUCUGUUUUUCUUUUUGGUACACUGAUGAUUGUACAUUAAAAUAUGCCCAAUGUUUUUAUA